AUGCACGCCAACAGUACCCUUGACCUUAAGGAUAGGAAGUUCCAGGCUGCCUUUCUCCUCAACUCCAGCCCAGAGCCGCAAGCCCAGCGUUUCGCCCGUCAAGCGGCGAUUCAGCGCGUCCCCCCAUUCCCUACGCAACACCACUUCCGGCCGAACCUUACCACCCAUAAACAUCUCACUUCCAGAAGGAAAAGGACAGGCUCGGCCUUCUGCGCACGCUCCAAACCAGAGGCCCCGGUCCGCCUCUUUCCUGUCCAAGCGCUCCCGCGGCAGUCUCGCGGUAUUUUCUUCUCCCGCGGGAGUUACUUGAACGCUCGGGCGGUAAUUCCAACUUGGAGGCUCAGCUGCGGGCUAGCCCGAUCCUGUGGGGGCUUUGUAGACUUGACCUGUUCCGUCGGGCCCCUGCACCCCGGAGCGGACGAGGCUUGUCCCGGCCAGGUCCUGCCGCCAUGGGGGCGGAGAAAGAGCCGCUGCCGGUUAAAGGAGGCCUUCCAGCGGACGCAGCAGCAGCACCAGAACAAGGUCACCAGCACUGAGCCGCACCUACUGCACGGACUGCGGCAUAUAGCAAUGAAGUUCAGUGUUUGUUGUGCCAGAUUCUAAAUAAGUUCUUGGGAAAUAUGCUGGGAAAAGCCAGAUUGAUAAUAUUUUGUGCAUAAAAUGGAUGAAGCUCUUCUUAUUAGACUAAAAGUUAAAAAUCCAAAUGUGAGGAUACAGGUAGACCCGGCUCUUUCAAGACUUAAGACCUAUGGGUAAUGAUUGCCCCAAGGUUAAAGAUUUUAUUUAUUAGCGAGAGAGUGCAAACAUAGAAGG